AUGGACCACACUCCUACAUGUUUGAUCAGCAGAGGUGAGAGGUUAGGCUUUACCGCUAACCCCUCUGGCAAAAUGCAGUCACUCCAAGGCACUUCCUGUGUGUUAUCGAGUGUUGAAGUGAAAGUGCGGAAACCCGGCGAGCUCUAUCACGCAGCCAGACGCAGACGUGUGUUCAAUGAUGGGAAACAGUUCAAGGCACGAGACUUUAUCCAGGAGCCUGUCAAGACUUCAAACACAAAACCCAGACAGAGAAAAAAAACUAAAAAGGCUGGAAGUCUGAGGAACACGAUCUAUGCCCUGACUCAACUCCUCUUCUUUGUAUCUUUCAGGUUAUAUGAAGCCAAACUGAACAGCCCGCUACAGAAGGCCUUGAGUCCCAUCGUGUGGUGUCGACAGGCUUUGGACAACCCCAGUCCUGAGAUGGAGUCGGCCAAACGCUCCCUCAUCCACAGACUGGACCUCUCCAUGUCAGCCUUGAAGCGCCGGAGCUUGUAUGGCAGCCCGUACAGUCAGGUGGGCUAUGGGAGUCCGUAUGGCUCAAACGCAGCUAAUAGUCCUUACAGCAGCGGCUUCAACUCGCCCUCGUCCACGCCUGCCAGAGUGCCCAUCGUCAGACAGCAGCUCCUACCUACAAACACAGUUUACCAGCGUAACUCGUCGGCGGACAGGAACCCUCCAGCUGUGAGCCCGCAGUCGUCUGUGGACAGUGAGCUGAGCACAUCGGAGAUGGACGAGGACUCUGUGGGCUCCUCCAACACGUAUAAACUCAACGACGUCACCGAUGUACAGAUACUCGCCCGCAUGCAGGAGGAGAGUCUAAGGCAGGAGUAUGCAGCCACAGCGUCUCGCCGCAGCUCGGGCUCAUCCUGUCACUCUCUGAGACGCAGCACCUUCAGUGACCAGGAGCUGGACGCCCACAGCCUGGAGGACGAGGAGGAGGCGGUGCACCCGGCGUUCCACCUGCCGUCCACACGCUUCAGCCCCUCCCCACGACACUCCCCCCGCGUCUCUCCCCGAAACUCCCCCCGCUCCAGGUCUCCGGCCCGCUCCAUAGACUACAGCCACGGCCGCGGGUCCCCACAGCCAAUGAUCAGCCGCCUCCAGCAGCCCAGGCACUCGCUACAAGGACACGGCCACGACCUGCAAACGAGUGUGGUCAAGAACGAAGAAAAGUUGCGGCGUAGUCUUCCUAACCUGCCACGGAUAUCGGCGGCAGCAUCCCAGAGUCCAGAGCCGGUGAAAAACAGCCGCAGCGUUGAGUCCAACCUCCAAGUGCCAAAUGGUUCACCGCGCCAUCAGAACCAGUCUGCCACAGCUCGUCACUCCAGACAGCAGAGCCCCUCUUCCCGCACCUCCCCAAAAACCAAACAGCACCUCAAAAGUCCUGCUGCCCUCAGAGUCCCAUCUCCAAGUAAACUGAGGACUCCUGCCACCCCAUCACCCCUGGCCCUGAGGCAGCCUGUCAAAGCCACCUCCACCCCAAACUCUGCCUCCUCUACACCUACACGCUCCCUGGCCACGCCACGCUCUGGUCUGCCCCGCCCCAGUGCCCCAGCAGGGGGAGGAGGGAUACCAGUGCCCCGCAGCAAACUGGUGCAGCCUGUACGCAGAUCUCUGCCUGCUCCUCGGACCUACACUGGGGAGAACUGGAGAGAAGGUUGUUACUGAGGUCGGCCAGCAGAGGGCGUCCCAGGCUUACCUUUACAACAGGAGGAAGACAUCAAAACAUGGCACUUUAUCUUCCUCAGCAUUUUUUACCAAGAGAAGAGAGAACAAAUGUAAAGAUGGACAUUGGGGCCCUGUGCAUUUUGGAGGAGGAGUCUGAGGUGCAGAAAAAACCUGGAUCUGUCUCCUCUGUCACUGUCUCCUGCUCUUUCACCUCCCUCAGGUCGAGACAAAUGCAUUUCUCACAUGUUUUUGUGUUUGAUGGAUGUUGGUGAGGUGAUAGUCUCUAUGGGUGCAUCCUAUUUCUCAAAACUUGUCUCCUCAAUUCCUCAGCUGAAGGUCCCCUCAGCUGAGCAGUAUCCUUUCAUGUUUAUCUUAGUAUGCCUGAACAAUCAAUCAAAACACUUACAGUAACAAGGUCUAAGGUUAGUUUCCUGGUCUGGAUGGGGGAUUUCAAGGUUAAUUCAGCUGACCACACUUAGCUGGAGGGUCAAAUUUAUAAGACUGUGAUAAUAAAAUAUUGUUACUAAAUCAGUUUUCAUCAGAUUACCCUGUCCUUUAGGCCUUACAUACUCUAAAUACUGUAGACUUAGAAAAUGAUAGUUUCAUUUGCACCAUAUAAGUUGAAAAUGCUAUCAUUGAUAACUAUGAUAAAUAUUGCAAUAACGAGACAAAUAUGCAGUGCUCAGGAUUUUAAGAUGCAAUUUUAGAGAAAUAGGAUUUGGCCAUGACAACGCUGUGCAGGUGACGUGUCCCGUAAUGUUUGGUGUCCCAGGAAAUGAACAGCACCUCUGUGUGGCUACUACAUGAGUGAGUACUCUUGUGAAAUCUGCCAGAUUGUAUGCACAAAUGUUUUUGGAAAUUAUUUAUUCAAAAUUAUUUAAGAUUCAUAUCAGUAUUUGCUUUGAUAUUUCAAUUGUUCCAACCUCAGCUGAUUCUCCAAAGUCUUCUGUUUUGUGAUCAGGGUUUAACAUGCAAAUUUACAGCCAAAGCCCUAGUGCAUUUUAUACCGACGUUUGCCAAAAUACUAAAAUACAAAUUUAAGAGUUUAGUAAGUUUUUUCAUCUUAUGUCAUAACAAAAUAAUCAAAACUAUAUCAAAAUGAAGUAUUUUAUUUCUUCUCAAACCUGCUCAAACGUUGGAUGUCUCUAGGUGAGGCACUGCAGGAGAAUAGUGAGUUUUUAUAACAUUUAGUGAGGAAAAAAAUCUUUAUUCACCUUGUUAUUCUGACUUAAUCUGAUUAGGAAUUAGGAAGUACACAUCAUGCUCAUUAAAUGUAUUAAAAUAGGUACAGCUGUCUGGGUUGUGUUAAAAAACAGUCCUUAAUCUUAACAUUGAACAAUUGUGAGACUAUUAGUUCCUCCUGUUGUGCCUCCUCUUUAUUCAGGUUUAAUCCAGUUUUCUGUUGCCUAUAGAAACAGGGUGCUUUGGCUUUACCUCUGGUGCCAUGACGAAGGUGUGCCAGUGUAGGAGAGGGUGCUCUGAACUGAAGUGGUGGGUCCUAUUAUCGAACCAGUGCCUAAUUUAACAUUUGUAUUAUGUUUAACUCAUUUAUUUAGUUUGUCUUUAUUUUGUGCCAUGUUUCAUUUUGAGUUGUUGCAUCUGCUUGAAUGAUUUGCUUGCCUGCUUGAUGUUAAUAUUGUAUCGAAAAGAAAAAAAAACUUUAUAAUUGCUUUAAAACAAAAAUAUGCGCCUUUGUAUUUAUAACUACAGUACUUAAGCAUCUGUAAAUGAAGAUAUUUAUUGAAGAGAGGUGCCUCUGUCAAAGUGUAUUCAGUGGGAGCUGAAAGGAAUGUGCAAAAAGACCACACCUUUUGUGUGACUGUUUUUGUUAUUUUUUUAUAUCCACAAACAUGAACUUCAGUUUCCCCUGUAAAAUCACAUUUCAAAAUAAAAGUGGAAAAAAGUC